AUGACACCUAUGCCCGGGAGAAUAGUCUCCAACACAGAGCGCAACGUACUGCCGGCAAGCAGGCUCAUGCCGCCGGAUCUCUCCUCUCCUACGUUUGAAGAUCUACUUGAACUCGCGCUCUUUCGAGUAUACGAUGCAGCAUGGUGUCUGGACACACGACCACCAAGACUGUUUCCAACAGCUGAGACGGUCUUUGGAGGAUACUUUACGGAAGAUGACUGGCGCAUGCAUGGUGACUUGGAGACAGCAAUGGGAAGAAUGAAUUACAUGCUUUCAAACCUGCCCGAGAGAGGCGUACCGGCGAGUUGCCUCCCUACUAUUAGCUUGGUCCUGUCGUCUUCCUCUGUUCUUGCAAGUUGGAAAAAGGUCGUCCAUCUUCUGGAGGGUCAUGCCAAUGAGGAGUCCGAAUGGACCAUCAAUCAAAUGCAAAGCCAGCAGUCAAUCUCAUCACAAUUUGCGAAGUCCGACUUCAUAACAGCCCCAGUUGAUUAUAGAACAACUCUGUCUGCUUCAGUGGACGCCAUGGAGUUAUGGGACCGUUCGUUAUCGGAGAUUGCUGUACAAGUAUCUCAAGGUCAACUCGAGCACUCAAAGACCUUUCUGCAGAUCUUCGCUUUUCUGAAAGACCCGCUAGGAGGACUAGAAAGCACGUUUGACAGGGCCGUGCCAUUGUUCGCCUACAUGAUGGCUUCCCUAGAUACAAGUUUGUUACCUCCAUCUAGUUCCUUCGCUGCAGUUGCACAAGCCGCACAAGAAGCUUUGUUUCUCUCCGAUCCAAUACUAGAGAAUCUUGACUUUGUUCAUUUCUCGGGCCAUCAGCAACUGCCAUACGUGUACGUGGCCUUGAAUCAACUUCCGCGUUCGGAGUUCAGCAUCCCCAGCCACGUCCUUCACAUCAUCGAAGAAAUGCUCACCAGUGCGGAGCAAUCGGCCCUUCACACGUGUGAAAUCGCCCCAAUAUCAGUCGCCUCCUACCCAAGUCUGCCACUAGGAAAAGGGAAGCACACAACGGUAAUCAUCGACGGUAACCAUCGGGCCACGGCAACCAUGGUCCUCCGACUGAUUGCCCUGGAACCCGUCGUAUUGAAAACGCAGGAUCCAGAUGACGUGCUUAGUGCAUUCUGCGCUGACCACGGUCUCAGCCUGAAGUGGAAAAUCGACCUGGCUGAUGUCUUGGCAGCUAUCCGUGAUAGUCCGUGUUCCACAUUGAUCCGAGCCAAGAUGCACCUGGUGCAAAACUUCCGGACUUUUUACGGCCUGUCAGCAGCGACCAGCGCUAGGGGACCGUCCCCGGCUCUUAUUGCCUAUUCACCAGGCGAUCUAUAAUGAUGAGAAGUUGAAGUUUGCCUUCCCACAGGCAGGGCAGGUCCAUGGAAGAGCAGUGGGAUUCAAGCCGAUGCCACUCUUGCUUUCACCUAGCGUGGAUGUGCCUGAUCUGGCUGAUAACGCAUCAAAGGGAGAGUUUCGUGUUGAUGUUUCAACGGUUGUGGAUUUGGAACUCUGAGGACUUCUCUAUGCUGAUCUAUAUACGUAUAUGUCGAUGAUGAACUAUAUACAACUCAAGGUGCU